AUGUCGGGCAUACCAAGCACCGUGCAGCAGCCCGAAAUGGGCGGGCGCCCCCCGCUCCUGCAGGUUCCUGAUGAUUACUGUGACAACGGUCCGAUUUCUCGUGAUUUUGAACAUGCAAUCGAUGAUGACGAGUAUGACAUUGAUACAUUUGCGAGGCGCCUUUCAAUCGACCCCGCCCAGCGCAAUCAUCGCACCCGCAGCCGCUGCCAGCAAGAUAUGGGAGCUCGUUCCCGUAACUCGUCCGUAUCAGAUAGUUCAUCGUCGCCUCCCAACUCUGUGGACGCCUUUGCCGACCCGCGACGCCGCGAGCGCGCUAAUACAGUGGGAAGUCAUGUUGAGACUGACCUUGACACUGCCCUUCAACGUACUGUCUCAGGUGGCACCCAGGCUCGUCGUCCAACUUUCAGCAAUGGAAGUGUUAUCCGACCUGAGCAGGGAGACAAUUUUGCUGUAGAUGCUCAGAGUGAAGAUGGCCGCUCUUUCAGGGAACCCGGCCGUAUUCCCAUCAUUGACUAUGAGGAGCUUGAAGAGUUUGUUGCGUUAAAUAAGAGGGACAAGGAUGUUGCCCUUAGUCGCAAACAUAGCUUGAGCUCUCAGGGCCCAAAAUCUCGAGUUUUCCCCGAUCUUCGCCAGAAAGCUCAGGGGGAUGCCGUUAUUGAGAUGCCUAAUGAUACUAUUGUUGCCGCUUGCAGCACAGAUCAGAGCUCCGACGAUGACCUCAAGGCGAAUCUAUCAGGAGCAACAAUCACCGAAAAGGGUUUCCCCGACAACUUCCAUCCCACUACCCUGCAGAAUCGAUUUACCUUCUUCUCAUCUGAGAGCCAAAGCACUAUCCAUGCCGCUUACCUUGGUGACCUAAUUCUUCCUGGAGAUAGCUUCCGGGACCUCUUCCAGCUUGGUCCGGAUGGUGGUGUGUGGUGGUUGGAUGUAGUUGAUCCUACUGAAGCCGAACUCGGCGCUCUGUCACGAGCAUUCUCUAUCCAUCCUUUGACAGCGGAAGAUAUCAUGACUCAGGAAGCUCGCGAGAAAGUAGAGCUGUUCAAGCAAUACUACUUUGUCUGUUUUCGAACAUUCUUCCAAGCCGAUAAGGACCAUGAGCGUUACUUGGACCCUAUCAAUGUCUAUAUGGUGGUGUAUAGGGAUGGGGUCCUGUCGUUUUCCUUUUCCGAGAACCGCCACGCCGCCAAUGUUCGCAAGCGUAUUGGCAAGCUUCGCGAUUACGUUUCUUUAAGUAGUGAUUGGAUAUGUUACGCCAUGAUUGACGACAUUGUUGACAAUUUCGGUCCUAUCAUGCGCGAUGUUGAGAUCGAGUCCGAAGCCAUUGAAGAUCAUGUGUUCGUGGCUCGCGUGGAAGACUUUGGCACUUUCUUACCGCGAAUCGGCGAACUUCGCAAGAAAGUGAUGACUUUGAUGCGGCUCUUGGGCGGCAAAGCCGACGUUAUCAGAGGCUUCUCGAAACGCUGCAACGAACAGUAUUCGGUCACCCCGCGCGGCGACAUUGGUCUUUAUCUUGGCGAUAUUCAAGAUCACAUUGUCACUAUGGUGUCCAACUUGUCUCAUUUUGAGAAGAUGCUCAGUCGCUCCCAUGGUAACUACCUUGCGCAGCUGAACGUGAGCAACAUCAUAAUGGGAAACCAAGUCAAUAAAAUUCUCAGCAAAGUGACUCUGAUUGCUAGUCUCCUGGUUCCUAUGAAUCUAAUCUGUGGUCUCUGGGGCAUGAAUGUUCCGGUACCAGGACGCGACACCGAGGGUCUCGAAUGGUUCUUUGGCAUUGUCGGCUUCAUUGCCUUUAUGCUCGUUUUGACUACAAUCAUGGCUCGAUACUAUAAACUUGUUUGA